CUGCAACUAAUUCCCUUGACAAUGCUCGACAAACUCGUCGGCCUCGCCAUGCUCGUGGCCGCAUCGGUUGUCUUUCUUUACUACACCAUCUGGACUUUGUUGAUGCCCUUCGUCGACUCAGACCACCCCCUCCAAGCUUUCUUCCCGCCCCGCGUCUGGGCAAUCCGCGUUCCCGUGAUCCUGAUCCUGCUCGGCUGCGCCGUGGUCGGCUCCUUCCUCAGCGUGGUCAUGAUCCGCAGCAACCGCAAGAAGGCAGCCAAGGCGGCCGCCGCGGCGGCGGCGGCUGGGAAGAAGAAGGCAUAACAAUCGACUGGUAUCAUCAGUCUGGGCAUAGGGAAAACUACACGCAUCAAUUCAUCCUGGUGCUUUGUCUUGGGGAUGGCUGGCUGUGCCUUGAUCACCCCCUGCGGUCCGUCCGGGUCAUUUGGGGUUGGAUGGUCUUUAAACAGUCAAAUAAUACAAUACAAGAACACACACGGAAAGCGGCGGUGAAACUGGAAGAACUGAAGCGGAGGGUGGUGAAUGCUGUUGUUUUUCCAGGUCGUCUUGAGUGGAGUCAUGGCAGGUGGUAAGAUAUUGUACGGGGAAUGAUCCUUGCGAGGAGAGGGGAGAAUUGCUCAGAUAAUCCAACACUCUCCAACAAAACGUGUGGCCGUCACAACCGCGAACAUUGGUCCGCGAUGAGAUUUGAAGCGAGACCUUAUUGGAUGGUGAAUAACACUCAUCCAGUCAUCAUGAUCUGUGCUCGACCAACUCUUCUCAUCACCACCUCGUGAGCUCAACCAAACU